GAACGGUCAAGAUUCAUUCACAGCGAUAUAAAUCUCUGCAGCCACUCCCAAACUUCCCUCGGCUGAAGAUUUAGGGUUUCUAUCUCUGCGGUCGCCCCCAAAGGUAAGAAAUGGUGAAGCAUAACAAUGUUAUCCCUAAUGGGCAUUUUAAGAAGCAUUGGCAGAAUUAUGUGAAGACUUGGUUUGAUCAACCUGCUCGGAAAACAAGGAGAAGAAUCGCACGCCAGAAGAAAGCUGUCAAGAUCUUCCCCAGGCCUACAGCAGGACCUCUCCGUCCAGUGGUACACUGCCAAACCCUGAAAUAUAACAUGAAGACGAGGGCAGGCAGAGGUUUUUCCCUUGAAGAACUCAAGAUGGCUGGGAUCCCCAAGAAAUGGGCGCCUACUGUUGGUAUUGCUGUGGAUCACCGUAGGAAGAACCGGUCUCUUGAGGGUCUUCAGGCUAAUGUGCAGAGGCUGAAAGAGUACAAGGCCAAGCUGGUUAUUUUCCCAAGGCGCCCUGGCAAAUUCAAGAGUGGUGAUUCUGCUGCUGAAGAGCUAGCUUCAUCCACCCAAGUCCAGGGUGACUACAUGCCCAUCACCAGAGAGAAGCCGGUUGUCAGUCUCGUCAAGGUGACUGAAGAGAUGAAGGCUUUCAGAGCUUACCAGAAGCUUCGCUUGGAGAGGACAAACAAACGUCACCACGGAGCAAGGCUCAAGAGAGCUGCCGAAGCUGAGAAGGAAGACAAGAAGUGAUCAAGGACAUGAGCGUUUCAUUUUACUUUCUAGCUAUGUAUCUUAAUUUGCUCUAGGUGAACAUUUUGAGUGGAGACUCUGAGGAAAUUUAGAAGUUUAAGAUAUCUUUUGAAUUUUUCAACAUUUGCUUGAUGUUUAAUGAGACACCUGCUAUUUUGCUGCUUUUUUACGUGUGAUUCGCUUGUCAUGGAUCU